AUUGAAGACGUGAUUAGCUUACAUAGAUAAGUUUGUGUUAUUUUGGAAUUAGUUUCAACUUGCAAGGCCAGUAAUCUAAGAACUACGGUCCACUUGUCUCCCCUUGUUGUCAAGUUUUUUAUCAGCUCCCCUCGCAGCAAGUGACGAAACAACAAGUGUGGCCAGAUUUUUCGUUUCGUGUCUAUUUCAAGUUUUUGUUUACUCUGUCACAAUUUUCUUCUGUACGACUUAGCUCACUAGAGAACUUAAUUAAAAUUAUAAACAAUUGAAUGCGGAGACAAAGACUUCUCGGAUAAAGACAUGGAACUUUUGAAGAAGUGACAGAAUGGAAAGAAAUUCUGAAAAAGGUGGAUCGAGUGUGAAGGGGCAGUGCAAGGCGAUCUUCUUAACUCACGUGAAGGAGGGGGUGGCGGAAUGUCUUGGUACAGCUGUCCUAAUGGUGUUUGGCAUGGGAUCUGUCGCUCAAUUUGUUUUCAGCGAAGGUAAAGCGGGGUCACCUGAUCAGGUCAGGUGGUCUUGGGGUCUAGGGGUCACCUUUGGCGUGUACGUGGCUGGAGGAACUUCAGGGGGUCACCUUAACCCAGCCGUGACCUUGACCCUGUGUUUGUUCAGGAAACUGCCCUGGAGCAAGUUGAUCCCUUACUGGAUUGGCCAGUACCUGGGCUCGUUCGUUGCUUCAGGUCUGGUCUACGCUGUUUACUACGAUGCCUUCCAUUCAUUCAAGGGAGGUAACAAAACUAUCGAGACGUCAAGCAUAUUUGUGACCUACCCUCAGGACUACCUGUCGGUGGCGAACGGCCUAGGGGACCAGGUAUUUGGAACCGCUGUGCUGAUGCUGCUAGUGUCUGCACUGAACGACCCCAAGAACAUGUCCCCGGGGAAAGGCUAUGUCCCGCUGGUUGUAGGCCUGGUUGUCGUGGCUAUCGGGAUGACCUUCUCCCAGAACUGUGGCUACGCCAUCAACCCGGCACGGGACCUAGCUCCCAGGGUCUUUCUCCUGCUGGCAGGGUGGGGGACCAAGGUCUUUAGCUACAACAACUACUGCUGGUUCUGGAUCCCUGUGGCUGGCCCCCACAUCGGUGCGGUACUGGGUGGGUCUCUGUACGAGAUCUGCAUCAACCCCUGUCUGCCCGCCCUGGGCUGUGGCACCAAAACUCCACAGGUGGAGGUCUCAGCGCUGGAUGAUCUGGCAGAUCACCAGGUGGAACCUACAGGCUCAGCCAACCGUGUACUGGUCUACCCAAGUUCUGUGACUAGACCUAAGUCGUGACAAGAUGGAGGACGGGACUAAUGCGACAGUUGAUGACGUCACGUGGUGCUGGACGAGCGAGGUAGUGCUCUUUCAGUGAACUGUGGAUAGUUUUGUGUAUGAUGAAAUGUGGAUAGUUUUCUGGAUAUUAUUAUAAAACGUGUAUAGUUUGACCAGACAAUAAUAUACUGUAUAUAGUUUCUCUGGACAAUAUUGUCUCAAAACAUACGUACUGUUGGCAAUAUGGUGACUUAUCGUGUAGACCAAUAUGGUUCAUAAUGUGAUGGUCAACAUGACAUAUACAAUGCUGAUCAGUGUGUAACCACGUUUUGUUAGUUAUUGUGGUCACGUGAUAUGCUAGUAAAUGUGAUCACGUGACGUGCUAGUAAAUAAGGUCACGUGAUAUGCUAGUAAAUGUGAUCACGGACGUGGAGGUCAUCUUAACUUAAAAUAGAACCCCUAUAUGUCUAUAGUCCUGGACACUUAAAUCACAAUGUUAUACUUGUAAAUUAAUUUAAUCCUUGAAACCUUUACAUAAAUGUUGAUAAACCAGUUUCAAUGUAUAUAAUUUCUUGUUGCUUGAUUUCUUUGUUAUAAUUAUUAAUGGUUGUUAUAUUACUAUGCAUUGAAUAUCUGAAAUAAAUUUAA